AUGCAAGAUAAUUUGGAGGGUUUCUUGAGCUCUGAGCUUCCUUCUCAUCCAAAUCUAACCCGUGGACAGUUAGAAAACGGGUUGCGUUAUUGUAUUUUACCACACAAAAGGCUUCCCAACAGGUUUGAAGCACACCUGGAAGUUCAUGUGGGAUCCAUGCAUGAAGAGGAAGAUGAACAAGGCAUUGCACAUAUGACUGAACAUGUAAUUGAGAGUGAAAAAUUUUCUGAACUUGUUUGUGUAGGAGCUAUGAAUGGAGCAUACACUUACUUCUAUGGGACAGUUUAUCACAUCAAUUCACAAGUCACAUUGGAGCAUUUUGGCGAUGAUUUACUUGAUGUAGAUCUUCUUCCCCAUGUACUAGAUGCUUUAAAUGAGCAAGUUUUCAAGUCAAAGAUACGAGCUUCUUAUCUUGAAAAUGAACGAAAUGUUGUGCUUUCAGAAUUACAGAUGUGGAAUACAAUAGAUUUUGAUAUUAAAGACAAGUUGUUCCAACUUCUGCAUUCGAACAACAAGUUAAAUAAAAGGUCUAAUGUUUUGGGACCAGAGGAACAAAUUAAGAAUUGGAGUGUUGCUCAAAUAAAGAAAUUUCAUAAGUGUUGGUACUUUCCUGGUAAUGCAACCUUAUAUAUUGUUGGGAAUAUCAACGAUGUUUCUAAAACAAUUGAUGCACCGGUUGAAUCAGUGCAAAAAAAAGAACGUCGCUCAAAUAUGACGUCGUUCAAUCUAGAGAAUUCUUAA